UACUGAAUUGGGUAUGUUUGAUUUGUUUUAAGGAAGGCAAAGCAUGAAAAGCAGAGAGGACAGGAGACAGUAGAGUUGUAUAACAACCUUAAUAUAAAAGUAGAGUUUGUCGCUAUCUCUUAUUUUCAUAUGGCAAAUCCGCAGCAGCAACGCCGCCUACUCCGCUCUUAUGGUCUAUAAAUAUGUACCAUUCUACACAAUCAGUGCAAGUCUCUUCUUUUUCUCUCCCUCCCACCAACAAUGGCUAAUAAUAAUAACAGGAGCAGUUUUGGCGGAGGGGCAGCUGGAUCUCGCUCGCGCAGGGGCUUGACCGACUCCACUUUAAUUAGAGUGCGCAAUCUCUCCAUGCAGCUACGACAGCGAGAUCAAUAUCUCUUCCAUAUCGCAGAUAAUCAGACGGUCUCCGCCGGUCAACUCCCCGCUGCUAACAAGUCAGGGCCGUCGCCUGCAUCCAAGGAAUCCGUAGAUGCUAUGCCUAGGAUAAUAGUGACGGAAGAUUGUCGUGUUAAAGAGUGCGCUAUUUGUUUAGAUGACGUUGGAAUUGGCAGCGAGGUCCGAGAGAUGCCCUGUAAUCAUAGGUUUCAUUCGGCUUGUAUUGAGAACUGGCUUGCUGUUCAUGGGUCUUGCCCUGUUUGUCGCUAUGUUAUGCCUGUACAAGAAGAUGAUAAUCCUGCCGGUAAUGCUGAAGAUGGUGGUGAAUACGGGCUGCGGCAGAGGAGGAGAUAGCUUUCUCUUACUUUAAUUAGAGUUGUCGAUCAUGGUUACUCUGUUGCCAAAUCCAAUUCAUCGUCGGCUUUGGGGGUGAGUUCGGCUGAUGGGUCCGGGUUGGAGGAUUCCGAUUCCAGAGAAAGAUAGGAACUUUUUGUCUUUUUUUCUUUUUUUCAUAUACAGUCUAUAGGAAUUUGACUUGAAUUCUUUUUCUUAGGGUUUUUUUUUUUUUUCUUUUUUGAAGAAGGUGACUAUAUUGUUUAUUCGUUUAAAAUAGAAUGUUGGUUAAAUUUUUCUAA